CUUUUCAAUACCAACGAGGUGGUCUGCCAUUUCAACAAUCGGAAUAGCCUAACCCAGAGAAGCGGCAGAGGAAUCCGGGUUGUAAAUAUUACCGAUAAUUUAAGGAGGAAUUUGGCAAGGGAUACCAGAAUAACUACUAGUAGGCUUUUCGCAUUUGAAACAAUAACAAUGUCACGCAUAUCAAGAGUAGUAUUGCAUUCGCGACCCGGGAAAAACGGGGAGCCGACUCCAGAAAACUUCCGUGUCGAAGAAGGUACCCUGAAAACUGAUCUGAAACCGGGUGAAGUCCUCGUACGGACUUUGUAUCUCUCUGUCGACCCCUAUAUGCGGUGCCGUAUGAACGAGGACACGGGGACGGACUACAUAUCGCCCUGGACGCUGUCGGAGUGCGUGGACGGCGGCGGUGUGGGCGUGGUCGAGUCCAGUCGCCACGACGCCCUCUCCGAGGGGGACACGGUGACGUCGUUCUACUGGCGCUGGCAAACCCGCGACGCGGCGGAGGGCGGCAGGCUGCAGAAGCUGGAUCCUCAGCUGGUGAAUGGAAACCUGUCCUACUUCCUGGGUACUGUGGGCAUGCCAGGACUCACCUCCCUAUUGGGGGUGAGGGAAAUGGGUCAUGUGACAGCUGGAGCCAAUCAGACGAUGGUCGUCAGUGGAGCAGCAGGGGCUUGUGGGUCACUGGCUGGACAGAUCGGCCGACUGGACGGCUGCACCAGGGUGGUGGGGAUCUGCGGCUCGGAGCAGAAGUGCCAGGUCCUGGUGUCGGAGCUGGGCUUCACCUCCGCCGUCAACUACCGCCAGGGAGACGUCUCCGCUGCGCUGAGGGAGAGCUGCCCCGACGGGGUGGACGUCUACUUCGACAACGUGGGCGGGCCCAUCAGCGAAGCGGUCAUCGAGCAGAUGAACAAAGAUAGCCACGUGAUCCUCUGUGGACAGAUAUCCCAGUACAACAAGGAUGUGCCGUACCCGCCGCCCCUCAGGAAAGAGACGCAAGAGGCCGUGCUCCGCAAUAACAUCACCAGGGAAAGGUUCAUGGUGCUGAACUACAUGGAGAAGCAUGACGCCGCUCUCCUACAGCUGAGCCAGUGGGUAAAGGCAGGACAGAUCAAAGUGUUGGAGACCAUCGUGAACGGAAUAGAGAACAUGGGAGUGGCGUUUUGCUCCAUGAUGACAGGGGGUAAUGUCGGUAAACAGAUUGUGAAGAUUUCGGACUGACCUGAGGCAGUCUCCCGAACCUGUUGAAUAUUCAACAGCGAGCGGCAUUUUCACACGAGAAAUUCACUGAACACAUCAGGGGUGCCCAACUCCCAUCCUGCAGAGAAAGUCCGUGUACUGGUUUUUGUUACAACCAAAUGCCUUAGUUUCAGUUUUCUCACAGCUCUAUAAACUACUCCUGUUCAGUCCUGUGCGUGAGCCCUGUGAAAUCUUUAGGAUUCACUUGCAGUCUGCAGCUGUACAUAUGGUGCAUAUUUUCAGAUGAAGUCCUGAAAGUGGUCAGCUCUUGUGUACCCCUGGACUAGAUGGUAGACGAGCCUUUUCACCUGGCUGAUGGGUUUACUAAUUUCACAUUUCUAAUAAUGAAGAUUAUUGUUCCCAGAAUGUGCUACUCCAGUACUCAUUUUGACUCUAUAUUCAACUAACUAAUUCAACUAACUUUAUUCAGGAAGACUUUGUUGACUUUGUUGACUUUGUUGAUCGUGAACUAAAUCAAGGUACAGUGUCUUUUUAAGCUCAUUGUCUGAAGUAAGACAUCGGGGGGAAAAAAUGACUUGUAAAUUGUCAAUUUAAAAAAAGGUUUAAUUCACAGCACUAUAAAUCCCACAUUUAUAAAUAA